GCCGCAGAGCUCCGGCUUCCCCGCCUGGCCCCGAGCAUGAGCGGCUCCAGCCCGGACCAAGGCGAGCCCAAGAAGAACAAGCCCGCCUCCUCUUCCUCCUCCUCCUCCUCCUCCGGCCGCGGCAAAAUGGACCUGUUCCCAGAGGAUGUCGACGGAGCGGAGCAGGACUGGGAAGCGGCGAAGGCUGCCUACGAGAGCCUCACCACGACCAAGAGACCCCGGCCCCCCAAACCCCAAAAUGCCAUCACCGUUGCUGUCUCCUCCCGGGCCCUCUUUGAUAUGGUGGAAGAGAGGAAGAUCUAUGAAGAGCAAGGUGUGGAGAAGUAUGUGGAGUAUCAACAGGCAAAUGAGAACGUCACCCUGAAGCCUGGACCGGCGUUUUCUUUGGUGAAGGCACUGGAGCAGGUCAAUGCUCGGCUUCGUGAGCUGUAUCCCAAUGACGAAGACCUGUUUGAUAUAGUCCUCAUGACUAAUAACCAUGCCCAAGUAGGGGUGAGACUUAUCAACAGCAUCAAUCAUUAUGGUUUGUUAAUUGAACGGUUCUGUAUGACUGGAGGAAAGAGUCCUAUCGGCUACCUGAAAGCAUACCUGACCAAUUUGUACCUCUCUGCUGACUCUGAAAAGGUUCAGGAAGCCAUCGAAGCAGGAAUUGCUGCUGCUACAUUGUUUUCAGGGAAUAAAAAUGUUCCGUAUGAUGAUAAACAGCUCCGAGUGGCCUUUGACGGGGAUGCUGUUCUGUUUUCUGAUGAGUCCGAAAUAAUUGUGAAGGAACAUGGCCUGGAUACAUUUUUUGAGCAUGAGCGGAUAAACGAGAAUAAGCCUCUGGCACAGGGUCCUUUGAAAGGUUUCCUGGAAGAUCUUGGAAGGCUCCAGAAGAAGUUCUAUGUAAAGAACGAACGACUGGAUUCGCCAAUCAGGACUUAUCUGGUGACAGCCAGAAGUGCUGCCAGUUCUGGAGCCAGAGUGCUGAAGACUCUGCGCAGCUGGGGAGUGCAGAUUGAUGAAGCCCUCUUCCUCGCUGGGGCACCCAAGGGGCCAGUCUUGGCCAAGAUCAGACCUCACAUCUUCUUUGAUGAUCAGAUGUUUCACAUAGAGGGAGCACGGCAGCUGGGUACAAUUGCUGCACAUGUGCCAUAUGGCAUUGGGCAGAAGUACCACAAAUCCAAACUGAAAGACAGCCCUGCCAAAAAUUAGUUCCUUUUGACUCAGCCUUGAAUGUGCAGUUAAGUCUGACAUUUCCAUACUUGGACUUGUAUCAAGAUUAUAUUUUAAGUGUGACCCCACCCCCACCAGGUUUUUGAUCUAUUUUUAGAGGGGAUAUUUUUUUAUUACGCACACAUUUUUGGAAUAUAUAGAGGUAUAUAUUCUCCUAAACAUAUUUAUUCUUUGUUAACCUUUCUAACUUGGGCUUUUUAAAAUGUUAGAAAACAUUAGCAUCUGCUACUAAAAUCGUUCUCUGUGUUCUAUAGUAGGGGUGCGCAGAAGAUACAUCUUCAGACGUUUUGGACUUCAACUCCCAGAAGCCCCUGCCAGCAUGAUGAAUGGUCAGAAAUGCUGGGAGUUGAAGUCCAAAACAGCUGGAGUUCUGCUUCCUGCCCACCCUUGCUUUAUAGCACCAUGGGAAUACCACAAUACAGGGUAUAUACUGUUGUGUUGGUAGAAAAAGGGUGCCUAGUGCAGAAAUUGCAGACAAUCUUUAAGCUUUUGUGUGUAUCCAAUAAUGCAGUCUGUUGUCUCCUGUGCAUACCCAGUAGGACUGCAGGAAAGGUCAAUAGAAUACAAUCCAGAAUAAAAUCAAUAAUGUUUUUAUUGCUUGAAAUGGGAUGUAGAUGGUCCUUCUUUCAUUUUGUAGGUCUGACUAUAUUCCCAGUGCAUUAUUUAGAACUAGGUCUGUAUACUUUAAUAUCAAACCUGAAAGACAACAAAGGUGUAUUUUACUUAACUUACUGAUGGUCAGUAGAUUGGGCCUUACAGUCUCUUAGGUGUGCUAUAUGAUUUAUGCUGUGUGAUAGUGAUGUAAAUGACAGGGUUUAUCGAUCUUAUUGUUUAUAGGGACAUCUCUUUUUAAAGUACUUUAAUAAA